GGGUAGCGGCUUGCAGAUGCUGGGGGGCACCGGAGACUUUUGCCUCUGUUCAUCCCCUUGCUCUGGGCCACAAGUAGUAUGCAAAAUCUUGAUGAGUGCAUGCCCCGAGCGCACUUACGUGGCCGGUACAAAUAUCGCAUUGAUUUGUCUUCAAGGGUAUGCAUACGAGGGGGGUGUCUGGUACGGUGACUUGUUAGUUAACAUCCUGCGCUUCCUCGGAAGAUGAGUUAUAACGGGACCGCUAUCGCUUCUUCAUUUGCACUGGAGUCAUCUUAACAAUGCAUCCAAUGCAUCGAAGCAGAGAAGACGGCCAGUACUUUCUAAAGGUUCUCAUACCUAGUUAUGCUGCUGGAUCUAUAAUUGGGAAGGGAGGACAGACAAUUGUUCAGUUGCAAAAAGAAACUGGAGCCACUAUCAAGCUGUCUAAGUCCAAAGAUUUUUAUCCAGGUACUACUGAGAGGGUGUGCUUGAUCCAGGGGACAGUUGAAGCACUGAACGCAGUUCAUGGAUUCAUUGCAGAAAAAAUUCGAGAAAUGCCCCAAAAUGUUGCCAAGACAGAACCAGUCAGCAUACUACAACCUCAGACCACCGUUAAUCCUGAUCGCAUCAAACAAACAUUGCCAUCUUCCCCAACUACCACCAAGUCCUCUCCAUCUGACCCCAUGACCACCUCCAGAGCUAACCAGGUAAAGAUUAUAGUUCCCAACAGCACAGCAGGUCUGAUAAUAGGGAAGGGAGGUGCUACUGUGAAGGCUAUAAUGGAGCAGUCAGGGGCUUGGGUGCAGCUUUCCCAGAAACCCGAUGGGAUCAACUUGCAAGAGAGGGUUGUCACUGUGAGUGGAGAACCUGAACAAAACCGAAAAGCUGUUGAACUUAUCAUCCAGAAGAUUCAAGAGGAUCCGCAGAGUGGCAGCUGCCUCAAUAUCAGUUAUGCCAAUGUGACAGGUCCAGUGGCAAAUUCCAAUCCAACCGGAUCUCCUUAUGCAAACACUGCUGAAGUGUUACCAACUGCCGCAGCGGCCGCAGGGCUAUUAGGACAUGCUAACCUUGCCGGUGUUGCGGCCUUCCCAGCAGUUUUAUCUGGCUUCACAGGCAAUGACCUGGUGGCCAUCACCUCUGCACUUAAUACAUUAGCCAGCUAUGGAUAUAAUCUCAACACAUUAGGUUUAGGUCUCAGCCAAGCAGCAGCAACGGGGGCUUUGGCUGCAGCAGCUGCCAGUGCCAACCCAGCAGCAGCAGCAGCCAAUUUGUUGGCCACCUAUGCCAGUGAAGCCUCAGCCAGUGGCAGCACAGCUGGGGGGACGGCGGGAACAUUUGCAUUAGGUAGCCUGGCUGCUGCUACUGCUGCAACCAAUGGAUACUUUGGAGCUGCCUCGCCCCUAGCUGCCAGUGCCAUUCUAGGGACAGAGAAAUCCACAGAUGGAUCAAAGGAUGUAGUUGAAAUAGCAGUUCCAGAAAACUUAGUUGGUGCAAUACUUGGCAAAGGAGGGAAAACCUUAGUGGAAUACCAGGAGUUGACUGGUGCAAGGAUACAGAUCUCCAAAAAGGGAGAAUUCGUACCUGGCACAAGGAAUCGGAAGGUAACCAUUACUGGAACACCAGCUGCAACACAGGCUGCUCAGUAUUUAAUUACACAGAGGAUCACAUAUGAGCAAGGAGUUCGGGCUGCCAAUCCUCAGAAAGUGGGCUGAGUGUCCCAAUUAUACGUCAGAUUGUUUUAACCCCUCCUUUACCCCAUUUUCAAGAAGGAUGUACUGUACUUUGCAGAAGUGAAGUUUUUCUGUUAUUAAUAUAUAAUUAUGCAAAUGAAUGCGACUAUGUUGACAAUGUGUAUAUGUAAAUAAUAUGUGUUUUACCAGAUGUUUCAUAGAAUUUUUUCUUGACCUGUUUUGUUCUCUAUACUUUGCUUGUGUAUAUUUGUCAGAGGUGUUUCUAGUAUAAGAUUUAAGCCUGCCAUUUUACCAGCAUUAUUGUAGUUUAAUGAUUGAAUGUAGACAGGGAUAUGCGUAUAGUUUUCAGUAUUAGUUCUAGAUAACACUAAAUUAACUACUGUUAGGUUGAGUAUGGUGGGGUCAGUGACCUAAACUGGAGUGAGGCCAAAGCACUGUCAUGUAUGUCUUACUUCCUGCUUAGGGCACAGAGAAGUAGGAAACAAUAUUUUGAAAAUAAGUUUUAAAUUUAAAAUGAUCAAAAAGCAAUAUAGUUGCAUAAAAGCACUGUAAAAUAUUUAAAAGGUUAAAACUGUGGAAAAUUACAUUGGUAAGUUUACAGAUCAAUAAAAGCACCUGUUCUCCAUCUGAACUAGACAAUGGAAAUAAUGCUGCAUGCUGGCCAUGGCCCAUUCUUCAUCAUUUGUAAGUUCAACAAAAGUUCUCACAUGGAGUCCCACCUCUUCAGAGGUCUGUACAUUUGUUUUUAAGCACUGAAUUCACUACUGAUCCCAUUGCCUGGCCAGUAGAACAGUCAUUACUCCAUUAACAUCCUCACUGUUUAGACACAUAACUGUGGUACAGUGUAUUGGAAAUUUUAUAAACAAAAGUGAAAGUGCCAACACAUUAUUGAUAGCUGAUAAUGUUUCAUUAUCUGCAACUGCUGGAUAAGUAUGUUGCAUUUUAAGAGCUUAUAAUUGUGUAUAAUUUGUUAACACUAGAAACCUAUUAGUAUUGUGAAUGUAGAUUUUACUGUGAAGCUAUCUGUGAUUUAGCUGUUUGCUCCAUGACGGAGUCCUUGCAGCAUGGCGCUAGCAGCCAGUGCAAUUUCUAAUACUCGGUAAUUUGCAUGUUUUGUGGAGCAUUUUUUAUGUCACCAAUCAGACAGUAUUUCCUGCAUGCUUAUUUAGAAGAGGCAGUUUAUCUUGAGAGGUAGUAUGAUCUACCUUUGUCAGGCUUUUUGACAGGUCAUUUCAAAGUAAGCCUUUGUUCCCAAGACCCAACAACUGUCACCCUCUUCUGUACCUCUCCUGAGUGCCAACUGUCCAGGCCAUUUGACACACCAUCUGUUAACCUCUGAGUUUGCCCGCUCAAGGCCACUCAUAGGGGCAUCCAUCCCCAAGCACCUCCUCAUGCUGUGCAUGCAGUCUUAAAUUCAAUGGACAAAAAUAAAAUGCUGGCUACCUCUGGAUCAUCUGGCUGAGCAACUGAAUUACAAAAGAGAAUUAC